AUGGACGGUCGCAGUGAGCUCGAGAUUAAGGCGAAAAUAAGGCUAAGACUGCUUGCAAUCGACAAGAUUCUUAACGACCGGCUAGGAGAAGAAAAGGCCAAGGAGCUGAGACAACGCAUAUGGCAAGAUCUCGGGAAGAAGAAUGCAGCGAAGUCUGGGAUAUCGAAGCCCACAGUUAGCAUGAAGGAUCUCUAUGGAGACGCGUGA